ACAGCCACGGACAUGACGCAGACGAUCUCGCGUGCCUGCAAGCGCCAGCAGUUGGCAAGCGCAAAUGGCAAAACCCCACAAAAUCCCCAAACCCCCGUCUCCUCCUCGUCUUCUCCGCUCCUCUGCUCCGGCGAAACAGGAUAAAUCUGUCUUGAUCAUGGGUGUUUCUGGCAACAGCAGCUACCCGUGUUCUUCUCAUGUCGGAGAAAGAGAUGAUACAAGUAACACUACAACAUUACUGUCAGAUUUUACUGCUGAUGGAAUGCAAGGGAAUCCCAACAAAGCUAGUUCAUCUUUGGCUGAUGUGAAGCUUGAAUGUGCAUGGUCAAGUGUGCAAGCUUUUGUUGUUGACUAUAUAGCUUCUGAGGAUCUUGAUUUGGGUUCAGAAAAUGAGGCUGUUGAAUCGAAUGGGUUCCAGUAUGCGGGCUGGACUGAGCUAAGGGAUAUUACACUAUACGGCUUACAUGUGUUCUUCACGACUGCUGUUGAGACGAUUUCCCAUGAAGGGUACUCUCAGGACGCUGUUAUUCAUGCCAUUAGAGACUCUACACUCUGUUACCAGUUUGAUGGACCUAUCACCAAUAUUUCAGAUAGGGCACGUGCAUUGUUAAAGAAUGGUCGACAAGUUGAUUCUUCUCUGGGUGAGAAUCUUGAUAUGCACUUGCACAUGUUGGGUCUGUACGUUCUUAGUUGUGCAUCAAGUUUGCUCAAGAAUUAUUUUCCAUUCUUCACUGCGAGCGAUGCAUUAUGGUGCAUUCUGCUCUGUGACAUGGAUAUCUCUAUUGCUUGUGACUUUUCAGUUUCUAUGAGUGGUUAUGGAAAUGAGCAAUCAAAGGGCCUUGUUGUGAACUAUCAGAAUAUAAAUGAGCCUUCAGGAGGAUAUUGUUGUAGUCACUCAGAAACUCCAGGAGGAGCUGUGCUAUCUCAUUCUGAACAAGUGGAAAUUUGGCGAGCUGCGCUAUCUCAAUUUCCUGAACGGAUGUGGAGCAAUGUUUUGACAGAUUAUAUAGCAUUUGAGAAGUCCACAGGGGGAGAUCAAGUUUCUUCAUCUGGUCAAUUGGACAAGUCUUCUACCUUGACUAGGACUGUGGUUACACAGAGCAAAAAGGCAGCUAAAGGCACCAGCAGUAAGAGAAUUCUCAAAGAGAGUAGAUCAAUGAGAACAUUACUUGAAUCUGCUUCUAGCACUUCCACAGGCACCUCAGCGGUAGCCAACACAAAACGCGUACAAUCACCCACAUCUUUUUCAACUAUGCCUCUCUCUAAUCUUUCUUUAGUCAAAAGAAUAGAUGCAUCAACAGUGGUUUCAACUCAUCCAAUUUAUUCUCCUGUUAAACACUCCUCGAGUGCAUCACGUAGUGGAAAGGCAGCAACUAAGCAUCAAACUAAAGCUGAUGCUCUCGUACGCUUCUCUCUCCCGAACACUCCUGCAGAUGGCUUUGAAUUUGAAUUCUCACAUGAUGGGAUGUGGACCAACUGGGUUCCGAAAGACAGGAAAGAGGAGAUGGCUCUAGAUCUAAUUAGACGAUUGGGAGAGCUGAAGCUAGAGGUGAAAGUCUGUGCAGACUGGGCCCAUGAAAGGUUGCAGCAAUCGAUAAAGAGGCUAGAAAUGGAAAAACCUGUUCUUGUAUCCCUCAGAAAGGAAAAGGAAACUCUUGAGUGUGGCGUGCUUAACAGGGAAAGGCUUGAUGAGACACAAAGGGCAGUAGACAGUACUUCAGAUGAGCUUGAACGUGCACAUUGUCUUGAACUGGAGCUUACAGGUAAAAUUGCACUUUCUGCUCGUGAAAAGGAUUCUGCCAAGUUACAGGACAAGCAAUCAGUUGCAAGUCUUGCUGAGAUUUUAAGGAAGGGAAAAGAGACCCUUGAGAGACUGAAGUCUAUGGAAACAGAGAAGAUCCUUUUGCAAGAGGAGCUUGCUGCUGAGCAGAGUAACCUAUGUAAGAUACUAGAAAAUCUUGAACAAGCUAAGGGAUAUAAAGAUAUAUUAAUGCAAAAGAAGGAGGAGGGAGAGAAGAUGAGUGUUGAAGCUAUGAAGCAGGUUGACCUUGCAAGAAAUGAGCUGGAGCGGGCCGAGAUGUCAGCAAGAACAGAGUGUAACAAUGUAAUGUUGAAUGCAGAGAAUGAAAAUAAAAGGUUGAAGGCUAGUGCUAAGGAACUCGAGGAGCUCGUAAAAGGAUUGGAGUUUGAUCUGGCCAGUGGUAGGAGGCCUGAGAGAGCCAUGUUUAUGGGUCGUCCUCCAGGGUUUAGGCCUGAUUCUGUGCUGCAGGAGCGCGAAUGCCAGAUGUGCUUGGAUGAGGAAGUUUCCGUAGUUUUUCUACCAUGUCGGCAUCAGAGCAUUUGCGUGAGUUGCAAUCAGCUUCACCGAGAUAAAGGUAUUACAGAGUGCCCAACUUGCAGAUCACCGGUCGAACGAAGGAUCUGUGCUCGAUUUGCUGACAGUUAGACUUAGAGAGGUGGAUGUACACAUCUGGGAGAGUUCCAACUUCUUUUGCCUAUAUGCAAACUAAAAAUGCGCUGCUUUUUUUUUACAGCAAAAUUGCUGCUAGUUAAAUACAGUACGGAGUAUCAGUUUUGAUGCACAUGGUGAAUAUUAUCGAAAACGGAAAACCAGUUUGGUCGGUUGGACUCCCGAGCUCGUCUGCUAUAUUGAAUUUGUAUCCAGUCGUCAACCUGUCUAGACCUCGAUGUAUUGAAUUUCUAUCGGUUUCCGUAUUCAUUCUGUAUAUCUAAUCUGUUGCGAUA